AUGAGCGGGAAUCCUCGAGACAUCCGCCGAGCCAGUUCUUGCAGGUUCACCGAUGAAGGUGUCCAAAGCUCCACAAAUGGAGGCGCGGGGCGGUUUGAGGUCCUUGACCUGCAGAUCGCGCUCGCGAUGGCGCAGAUGCCGCUGGAGGGCGUCCCGGCUAGGAUCCCAAGCAGUUGGCCAGCAGAAGCCUGGAUCAUGGACGGAGACCAGAAAAUGGCGCUUCUGUCGGCGUUUCAGAUGCAUAUCAGCAGGAACGAGAACAUCUGGUGGCCCCAGUAUGCCAGCAUCCUCUUCCCGGAUCGCCACCUGGGCUCAGCUCAAAACCGCUGGUUUGCUGCAGAGAGAGCUGCCCAGAUACUGGCCAAGGCGCUGUUCUCAGGCUGCGAGAAGAGUGCAGCCACCUUGGACGCGCACCCGCCGCCGUUCCUGAUCCUCUAUCACCUGCUUGUCAACAUUUGCGGCACGGAGCCGCUGCAGGCGUACACGGACUCGUGCAUAAUCUGCAACAGGGACCCGGCAUGCAUGCCCUGGGCCGGGGUGACUGAGGAGGCCGUCUGCGCCGCGUUCCCGGCCUUCCGCACUGGCCAAAUCUACAGCUACCUGUGGAGCGAGACCGACUCAGUCCAGACCGAUGUCCUGAAGUGGGCGGAAUGGCAUCAGGGCCACUUUGCGCUCUCCUCCUACCUGCUGCACCCGAGACUGCCCAAACGGACCAAGACUGGCGCGGGCCGGGAGGGGUUCUACUCAUUUGGCAUCACAACCGAAUGCACGACAACGUCAGGAUACACUCCAUCACUGAUGGCAAGUGGCAGCGACUUUGAGAACGUAUCCCUCUUGGGUGACUGUACCUCCUCAGACGAUGAGUCAUUGGAUGCCAGCGAGAUCGCUCGCCGGAGCCUGGAGAAAUGCCACAUCGCCGAGUGA